CGCGUGAUAAGAGAUUACAGACCAAAACAGUGAUAAACGACAGAAUCAUCUUAAAGAGAAGCACACCUUUUUUAUCUGAGAGCCACAAAUAACUUAUUUCUUUUUGUAAAAAAACAAGAAUAGAUCUAAUUCCCUGAGUGAACAAGUGCUGUCUGUGGAUUGGCUCGUUGCAGUGCUCAGCAAAGCAUAAAAGGAAGGGCCCUAUUUGACAAGUGGGGACAUCUUCAUCCCCCUCACCCUGUCCACCAAGACUGAGUCACAUGACCCAGAAGCUCCGAGCGAUUCUGUUCGGCGUCACCUCGUUGUGUUAUGCGGCCAUUUUACUCGUCAAUGGUGUUCUUAUUGUUACCAUCAUAUGGGAUAAAAGACUCCACGAACCCAUGUACUUGUUUUUGUGUAAUCUAUGCUUUAAUGGCCUUUAUGGAACUGUUGCAUUUUUCCCCAAAUUCCUUUAUGAUCUGUUGUCUACGAGUCAUGUUAUUUCUUAUGUUGGCUGUCUGUUGCAGGUUUUUGUCAUCUAUUCUUAUGGGGCAUCGGAAAUCGCCAUUUUAGCAGUGAUGGCUUAUGAUCGCUACGUGGCUAUAGGCCGACCGCUGGAGUAUCACUCCAUUAUGACCAAACGUAGGGUGAUGUUCUUGGUGGCCUUCUCCAGGGUUUUGCCUUUGCUCUCCCAGGGAACAGUGGUAAUCAUGACCUCCAAACUGCAACUGUGCGGUUCCUUUAUUGAAAAACUCUACUGUGAUAACUGGUCUCUUCUUCAACUGUCCUGCAAUCAAAUAACAAUCAACAGCACCGUGGGAUUCAUUUCUAUUUUAAUUUCCUGUGGACACGACCUUUUUAUCAUGUACUCCUACGUGCAUCUGGUUAAAAUAGCUUUCAAGUCAAAAGAAGGGAAAAAGAAGUUCAUGCAGACGUGUGUGCCACAUUUGUUGUGUUUGAUAAACAUCACAAUAGCUUUGCUCUUUGACCUCAUGUACGCUCGCUACGGCACCACGUCCAUGCCUAAGAGUCUCAGGAAUUUCAUGGCUGUCCAAAUUCUCACCAUGCCGCCAUUGCUCAAUCCCAUUAUUUACGGCCUCAUACUUUCCAAGGUCCGCAACAAUAUUUUACAAUGUUUUAAAAGAAAAAAAGGCUUUUGAGGAAGUUGAAUGAAGAUGUAUUGUAUAUGAAUUAACAAUUAAGAGUGUUGUGAGCUUUUAAAUGCUGUUUUAUACAUUAGUCGGGUAAAAAGACAAUUUUCUUAACUCUACCUAUUUUCAUUUGCAAUUCCAUCUACAAAAACAUCAUAUCUCAAAGGUAGAUAACCACUUCAUAUGCCGUUCCCUUAUCUGUAAAAUAAAUAACUAAAUAAAAAUACCAAUUUCAGGAAUUAUUUGCAGUUGGUGUUCACUGUUUCUCAACGUACAAAUGAUUACUGAUAAUGUACAAAAACUAUACCUGACGGUUUUCAGCAUUUAAACAUGUUAAGCUUACAUUUGAGCAAUGUAAAUGUCAGUUAAUCUCCAGGGCAUUUUAUAUGUGUUUUGUCAUUAGACUCAUGAUCAAAACCUUUCCUCAUCUAACUGUAAAAGAGGAC